AUGUUUUCGAAAAUCCGUGAGUUUGGAUUGGACCACUGCACCUUACCAAAUCUGAUAGCAAACUCUUGCGCACUGCUACGAUUUCUCUCCUUAAACGUGGAUCCAACUUACAAGAAAAAUAUCCCAAUCCUCUGCAAACUGUGGACUGUCUUCUUAGCCUUGUGCUACUUAUACGUUUAUCUCAUCUCCAUGAUCUGGUUCGUCUUCUUCAAAUGCGCCGAGAACGGCGACCUCAUCAGUGCCACGGUCAUGUUCGCUACAGGCAUGGCCAGUGAGUUGAGUAACAUCAAGCUGUUAUACAUGUUUGUUUAUCGGAAAUAUCUCACAAAUAUGAUAUCUGAAUAUUUGAUUCACGACGCUAAGAAAGUAUCAAAUCACAGAUUCAUGAGUAAUCUGCUGAAAGUGUUGAGGCGUGUUAAGAAAAGAGCCAUGAUAUUUUGGUUAAUAAUUAUGGGUAACGGUGUUGUGUAUAUGGUGAAACCUUUACUGUUGCCGGGGAGACAUUUGAUGGAGGAUAUGGAUUAUCUAUUCGGUCUAGAUCCAAUUCUCGAAACACCGAAUUAUGAAAUUGCUUUCUUUCUAUCCCUUGGGGCGGUAAUUUUCGCUUGUCACGGCACUGCUACCGUAUCAACAUUCCUCAUCAUUGUUUCUGGUUACAUCGAGGCCCAAAUGAUAAGUCUCAGCGAAGAAUUAUUAAACAUUUGGGACGAUGCUCAGGAGUAUUAUGAAAACAUUAUUAACACAGCACCAUGCACUGGUAACUCAGAAGAUCUUAGGAGAAAUAAAGAAAUAAUUUUAAACAAAUAUGUAAAAGAACAUUUACAAGAUAUUGUAGCUAAUCAUGCUGUCUACAUCAAUUUUCGAUUCCAAAUAGAAAAUGUAUUUCGAAGCGCAAUAGCUAUAGGAUUCGGUUUCCUAACUGUAUCGUUGAUAUCAGAAUUUUUCGGUGGCAUUGAAAAUACUUAUUUGGUAUUGCCAUAUGCGAUGGUGCAAGUGAUAAUAGACUGUAUUAUAGGGCAGAAGCUGUCAGAUUCGGGCGAUGUGUUUCAGAAAGCAGUGUAUGAGAGUAAGUGGGAGAACUUCGACGCGACGAAUAUGAAGACUGUGAAGAUGAUACUGAUGAUAUCUCAGAAAGGUAUGACCCUCAGUGUGGGAGGUCUGAAGCCGCUGAACUACUUUUGUCUCAUGAAUGUUUUUAGAAUGAUCUAUUCGACUUAUGCCGCUCUGACAUCGGCCGUAAAACAUUAA